AUGUCUUCAGAAGAGAGUCCUCUCCUGCAUUCGGAGGAUCAGGAGCGAGAUGAAAGGCGCGUUGCACAUCUGGCGCUGUACAGUCGUUUCAACCAAUCCCAAAAAAGAACGAUCCUCUUCAUCGUGUCCUCGGCUGGUCUGCUACCAAUGUUCGUAGCUGGGUCAUUUAUUCCAUCUAUUCCUCAAAUUGCUCGCGACUUGAAUUCAACUGGUGCCAUAGUCAGUCUGGCAGUAAGUCUAUCUAUAUUUUCCUUCGCCAUUGGUAGCUUGUUCUGGGCUUCCAACUCUACAUUCUAUGGUCGUCGACCUGUAUAUUUAUAUGGAUUGCCUAUACUAUGCAUUGGGAGUGUCGGAGUAGCAGCGUCAUCGACAUUACAAAGUCUUCUCUUUUGGCGUGUCCUGCAGGCUUUUGGUUCUUCGGGUGGUCUGUCUGUGGGAUCUGGUGUCAUUGGUGAUAUAUAUAAGCUGGAAGAGCGCGGGACCGCGAUGGGCAUAUUUUUCGGGGCCUGCCUCCUCGGACCUGCUUUGGCACCUCUCGCUGGAGGUACCGCUGCUGAAUAUGCAUCGUGGCGGAUCAUGCAGCUCAUACUGGGAGGUUGGGGCUUGAUCGCAAUCGUUUUGGUGUUCCUUUUUCUCCCAGAAACUACUCAUCCUGGUACUAGAGGGAAGGACAAGGUCCCAGAAACUGAGAGGAGGCGAUUCAAGCUCGUGAAUCCAUUCGAUAGCUUGUGGUUGUUGCGCAGCCCAAAUGUACUGACCACUUCUAUAGCCGGCGGUUUGAUUUUAGUGUCAGAUUACUUUCUGCUCGUCCCCUUGGCAUAUACAAUUGGCGCACGCUACCAUAUCGAAAAUCAAGCUCUGAUUGGUGCCUGUUUCCUCCCUUGUGGUCUGGGAAAUUUGAUUGGUGCUCCGUUGACUGGACGCCUUUCUGAUAAAAUUGUAAAAGCGUGGAAAGUACGCCGCAAGGGUGAAUGGGUACCCGAGGAUCGACUCCGAGCGGCUUGGGUGGGCGCGCUCUAUUUGGCUCCGCUCUCCGUUUUAUUUUCUGGUCUUAUCACCACGUACAUAGGGGGACCCAUUGGGCUCACGCUCAACAUGAUCUGUCUCUUCAUGAACGGAUUGGGGGUUGACUUUGUUCUAACACCAUGCGCCGCUUAUUCAGUCGAUAUUUUGCAUUCCCGCAGUGCUGAAAUACAAGCUGCGAAUAGUGCUUUCCGGUCCCUCAUCACGGCGCUUGCGGUUGCGGCGGUAUUACCGUCUAUCGACCUUAUUGGUUUAGUGGCUACGAAUACCAUCGCUGCAGUCCUGGCAUGGGUUGCUUUCGGUCUUCUUUGGAUGACGAUUCGUUAUGGAGACAGGAUGAGAGCUUGGGUAGAUGUUGGAUUCUCUACCAUCAACGACAACUAA